CAAAAUGAACCCUUUGUUUCCUUUUCAUUAAUUUCAGUUCCUUCAUCGAUUGCGAACCUUCUCCGGCCAUCUGGCAUACUGUCAGCUUUCACCUCAGUGAAAGAAAUCCGAUCAGCAUUUGUGGUCCAUAAGUACUGCGGAUGCCGAUUCGUGGAUCAACUUGUCAUCACCCUCAAUAUUAUCGACACGUGACCAACCGCGCUAUUUCUCGCGCGCUCAAACCGCGAGCUCUCCCAAGUAUUUCCUCGCCAACUCCACUCUUCUACCAUUGACGGCGCAUCAACUCCACCGACCUACCAUUGUUCACCAUCAUCGCAAACACUUCAAUCCAACUUUACGCGCGACUCCUAGUACUUUGCGCGUUAUUUUCCUAUCAGUGUCGCGAAACGCGUUCCUCAAGAUAACAAUCUAGAUACGGCGUCACAGAAUAUACCAUAGAAGCCGUGGGUAUGUCUGAACACGCGACACCGGUUGAGGCAGUGUCUGCUUCGGUGGAUUCAUCGGUUGCGCGUCCAGAUGACGCGACUGCUGGGGGAGUUUCAUCCGCCGCCGAUGCCACUACUGGCGACAGCAAUGGAGUGAGCGCGACUGAAACCAAGGAAGAGCUUCCAGUUGCCGAGGCUGCCAAAGAGGACAGCGAAGCCAAGAUUCUCCCCGAAGACGAAAAGCCAGCAGAGACCGCUACAGAGAGUGAGACGAAAGCUGUCGCCGAUACAGUCGCGGAGAUUUCAGAAGCCACUGCAACUCCAUCGUCUGCAAACAAGUCCAAGGCGCGUCGCAAGUCAUCUGGCGUCCCGGAGCACAAGGGCCGAAAGCUCAACAAGAAGGAAUCCAAGGCAAAGAUGAGCAACAUUCACGCUCAGCCUGGCGAGUAUUACUUCAUCAAAUUGAAGGGAUACCCAAAAUGGCCCGGGAUUGUUGCUUCUGAAGAUAUGCUCCCUGAUGCGAUCCUGAAAUCCCGCCCGGUGACCGCUGCGAAGCCAGAUGGAAGCUACAGGGAAGACUUUGCUGAGGGCGGGAAGAACGCUCUGGACCGCACAUUUCCCGUAAUGUUCUUUGAAACAAACGAAUUUGCCUGGACCCCUAACACCGAUCUCGAACCUCUCGACACUAGCGUCAUCGGUGACGUUCCACAGGGCAAGAUGUCCAAAUCGUUGUACGCAGCGUAUCAAUUGGCUUCUGAAAAUCACGAUUUGGAUCAUUACAAGAACGUUCUUAGGGAGUUCGAGGUAUCCCGCCGUAGAGAUGAAAAGGCGGCACAGGAUGCUAUCGACGCAAAGGAAGCAGCAAAGGAAGCAAAGGCUUCAGCCAAGAAGGGCAAGAAGGCCAAGGAAGUUGUUCAGGACGAGGAUGAAGAUGUUGAGAUGGCCGACGCGGGCGCAGAUGAGGCUGAGAAAGAAGAUAAGCCCAAGGCGUCCAAGAAGCGCAAGGCUGUCGAUGAUGAGACCUCUACCCCGAAGCGAACAGAUUCAGUAAAGAAGCCAAAGCUGAAGCUUAUAAACUCAGCUCAGAAGGGAAAUGCAGCAGCCGAAACUCCAAAGUCUGCCGCCAAAGAGAAAAAGGAGAAGGCUAAGCCCAAGACCAAGAAGGCUGCUGCGGCACCCGCGACGCCAAAGGAGCCAGAGCUCAGUGCAGAGGAGAAGAGCAAGAAGAAAGAGAAAGAGGUUCGCUUUUUGCGCCACAAACUCCAAAAGGGCCUCCUUGACAGCGUCAAGAAGCCAAAGGAAGAAGAUAUGAAGCAAAUGUCCGAGUUUAUCACUAAACUUGAGGGAUACUCAGACCUGGAAGUUAGCAUUAUUCGCGCCACUAAGAUCAACAAGGUCUUGAAGGGCAUCCUCAAGAUCGAGGACAUCCCAAAGGAGGCUGAAUUUAAAUUCAGAGAGCGUUCCACCGAGCUUUUGGCCAAAUGGAAUAAGAUCUUGGAGAGCGAUACCCCAGCACCAGCUUCGGCACAGGCCAACGGGACAUCGAAGGAGCAAGUUAAUGGAGAGUCGGCCACAGCAGAGGAUGGGACGAAGACAACCGGAUUAGAUGGGGCUGACGACACUCUUGCCCCUGAGGUAGAUAUGGAGGAUGCCGAUUCUAAGGACGAACAAGCGAAGUCUGAAGAAGAGGAGAAGCCUCAAGAGGAGGAGAAGCCCGAGGACGAGGAGAAGGCGGCCGAAGACAAGACCGAGGUCAUUGUGGCGGAGGCUACACCAGUUGAGGCUACUGCGUAGAGGCUCUAGGUAUGGGCAACAUCGCCGUUCUAGCCAAAGCUGGGGCAAUUACGAAUUAAUUUGGUAGUUGAGAGGGCAUAAUCUGAUGUCGGAACCCAGGGAGCUAUGGUGGCUGUUUUGAUUUGGCUUUCUAUCUGGCGUCUCUGUUUGUAACAUCACACACACACAUCUAUGAACUUUCUCUUUCGGAAAAUACGACCUUCUCUGUCGGAGCCUGACUCUUUUGCCGUUUCUCAUCAAGGUGGGGGGGUUGUACAAAUCUGGUUUUGCUCUUUUCGGAUGUUGAUGGCAUGGAUGACGAAGGGUAACGUGGCCAUUUAAAACACUCGUUUUAUGGCAGAACUGGUCACGAAUUCCAUAGGCAAAUAAAUGCACCUAAAAUCUCAUAAUACAC